CAAAUGAUAGCCGAAAGAUUACUCAAUAACACCGAUUUCCCGUCGUUUUUUAUUAAUUUUCGCCCGAUAGCUGGAAAAUCAAGCGAUGGCAACCACCAAAAAAGAUUUAGGAAUUGAUUCUCUCUUGGAUGAUUUAAAUGAAAAAUUCGAAGUUAAUCAAAUAAAAAAUAGCAUUUAUGCUCCUCAUCCAACCUUUCAGAAUUUAUAUAAAUCAAAACCAUCCCGUUCCGAUCAAGAGUCUCGAAGGAAGAAGGCUCUUGAAAUUCAGAGAAAAAAAAGGGCUGACACACUUAAUAAUUUGAGAUGCCUUGUAGAAGGGUCAUGGGAUGGUAUGGACACAACAGAAGAAAGUGAAGAUGAUGAAUACAAACCCGGUAGAUUCUAUAAAAAUCAGCUAAUGCUUUCAGAGUGGUUAAUAGAUGUACCGGAGAACUUCCAAGAUAAUUUUAUAAUGGUGGCUUGUCCAACUGGUAAAAGAGUCCUAGUUGUUGCUGCAAAAGGGAAAACAAAAGUUUUCUCAAAGAGUGGUAGAAAAAUUCUGGGCGAUUUUCCAUCAGAGUUACCGGGAGGAAAUGUAAGACAAUCUUCUGUUCAUUUUGGUAAAACAGAGACUGUGCUCGAUUGCAUAUUUAAUGAGGCACUUAGAACAUUCUUCAUUUUGGAUUUAAUGUGCUGGUCUUCGCAUCCAAUAUACGAUUCAGAGACGGAGUUUAGAUUUUAUUGGUUGAAAACGAAAUACGAAGAGGAAGGGGGAAAUUUAAAUACCAUGUCAAAAUACAAUAAGUUCAGAUUUGUAAAUGCCAAUCGAUGUGAUUGUUCAAAGGAAAGUAUUGAAAAAUUAAUGGUAUCUACCACUAGGGAAGAAUCUCAUUUUUUUGAUGGAUUACUCUUUUACCAUAAGGAAGCGUUAUAUACUUUUGGCACGACGCCUCUAGUUGGCUGGUUGAAGCCUUUCAUGAUAACUGAAAUUUUAAAAGUCACUAUUCCUGAUUAUUUUCAACCUGUGCAACUUGUGACUCAAUCAGAAUUUAUAAGAGACUAUCAAAAUGACAGACAAGAAAGAAUUGAAAAGAAUAAGGAAAAGCAGAAACGAAGAAAGGAUAAAGAGCAUAGCAUAGACCAAUCUUGA